UUUAUGCUUCUGAGGAACGGCCUUCAUGUCGACAACACUGGAAUAACCGGUCACAGAGAUACUAUUCUCUGCAAAAUCCUGCCCCAAAGCUGAUCUACAGACAUUCUUCUUGUUGUUAUUAUUAUUAUUAUCAUUGGAAAGUUUCGAUGGAGACCAAACCUGUGGAGAAGGAUAAGUUUUUCAUCGUGAUCAGAGGGAAGUCACGGAAAGGCUUCUGCCGUGGAUGUAUCGGCCGUGUGGAGGCAGAAACAAAGCACGGGGAGCUGAUGGGACUGAUGUACAAUGGAGGCAGCAACCCAAAGAGCGGAGGAGGCCUGGUGAAGAGGGAUGACACUUAUCCCCUCAACAGACACCAGGCACAGCUUCUCCUCUUCGUACCGUCUGUCGGAAAGCGUCUGGAGCUGCUGUGCAACCCCCAGCUGUUCUCUGCCAUUUGCCAGCUGGCACAGGGAGACCUGGUGGUGGUGAAGCAUAAGAAGGGACACCUGCCGGGGCUGGUCAAGAACCUGAUGCAGAUCGGGAAGAAGGAGAACGAGGAGGACCUCCACAUGGUUGGCUUUGAGGUGGAAUUUGUGGACAGUGAAAACAAUCUGUCACCCAAGAAAGCUGCUCCUCUUCCGCUGGUCAACGCUGCAGACAUCAUCCAAGUGGUUCCGUCGUACUCUGUUCCCUUUGGACUCCAAUGGAGAGACAGCAAAUAUAGGGGCCAACAUAACACUGUGUCACGCAUCAGCUCCAUGCCCAACAUAGCCUCCUAUGCACAACAUGCAACAGAAAGUGACCAUAAUGUUGCUCAGAACCAAGAUGCCGGCACAUGCCAUGUGCCUUUGGAGGUGGGGUCCAUAGUGGAGGUGGUGUCCAACACAGGGGUGACAGUGUAUGGAGUCAUCCGGUGGUUGGGCAUCCCUGGAGGAAAGACUGAAGAAUGGGCUGGGAUUGAAUUGGACUAUGAAGUGAAUGGUUGCUCUGAUGGGAAGUACAGAGACCAGCGAUAUUUCACCUGUACAACUGGCAGGGCUUUGUUUGUUCCUGUUACCAAGUGCAGUCCUGAUGGUAGAUUUGUCUCAUCCUCUACACAAGCACAGAACCUUAAACCCAUCGACACACCGCCAGAUAUUCCAUUUGAGGAUACAGGGGAGAAUGCCCCGCCCAUCCCGGAAUCAGAAGCCUUGUCUUUGUUGGUGGGAAGAAUGAGAGGGAUUCAAGGUCACAUCAACUCCUGUUAUCUUGAUGCUACACUGUUCAGUUUGUUCAGCUCAUCCAUGACCCUGGAUAAUGUCUGUCACGCGCAUGCUGACGCUGAACAACCCACAACGUGCACUUUGAGAAAAAUAGUCAAUCAUCUACGCAGGCAAGGCUUCGUUCCUGCAGAGAGUGUGAUGAACUUUCGCAAACAGCUUGGAUGUGACACCUUCAGUACAGAAGAAAAGGACCCGGAGGAGUUCAUCACGUUGCUCUUUCAGAAGGUCCUCUGCAUGGAGCCACUGCUGAAACUCCGGUCAAGACGAGAAAGAGCUCAUGGCGCCUACACAUUCCAGAUCUUUCUGGAAAAAGAGCAAGUGGGACAGAUGCCCACUGUUCAGCAGCUGAUGGACACAUCAUGUCUGUCAUGUGACCUCAAGUUUGAAGAGAUCCCGUCCUGUCUAAUUGUGCAGAUGCCAAGAUUCGGAAACAAGUACAAGAUGUUUCCUCACAUCAUUCCCUCCCUGGAGCUGGACAUUACAGAUCUCCUAUACAAUUCUCCUCGGGAGUGCUUCAUCUGUGGCCGUGUGGGAGAGUACGAAUGUCUCCAGUGUCUGCCUGAUCGAAAGCUGCAGCCGGGAAGAAUCAAACAAUAUUGUGUAACCUGUAACACGCAGGUGCACAGUCAUCCCACCAGGGAGGGUCACGCCCCCAAAGCUCUAGCAGUGCCGACAGACGUACCUGUUGAAACUCCUGUUUCCAGGCACACAGUGGAGUUGUUUGCUGUGCUCUGCAUUCACACCAGCCACUAUGUGUCCUUUGUAAAAUAUGGCUCGGAUCCCCGCUCGUGGCUGUUCUUUGACAGCAUGGCAGACAGAUGCGGUGAUGACCAAAAUGGGUACAACAUUCCAGAGAUCAGAGCUUGUCCAGAGUUGGGCGACUUCCUGUCUCAGUCAGAGGAGCAGCUGGCCCGGUCUGACCCCGCCCGGGCUCCUGAGCUCGUGAGCAGGCUACUGUGCGACUCCUACAUGUGUCUAUACCAAAACCCUGUGGAGCCACUUUCAAAGUAAACACAUCCAGAGCCUUAUAAGUGUGUAACAGCGAGGACAGUACAGUUCAUGACCUUAUAUCUCUGCUGAACUAGCAAGGUUUUAUGAGCAUUGUUAUGUGCACACAGCAGGACUUUACACUGAUGCAUCAUGAAAGACAAAACAUCUUUCAAGAGAAACCACUGUUGUGCAAAAACAAAAUGAAAUGAUUGUUCUCAUGUGUCUUAUACUGUUUAUUUAUGCAAACAUUUGUGAUGGUGUGUGUGUGUGUGUGUAUGUGUGUGUGUGUGAUUUGAUGACUUCAUGCUUGACUGAUUCUUUGCCUGUUAUUUGGUAAAUUAAAGGUCUGCUCAAGCAGUUUUUUAUGUUUGUGUGUGCGUUUAAAGCAGAAUAGAAACCCUCUUUGUUACCCUGCAUAUGAUCAUGCAAGCAGGUGUGUGUGUGUGUUUGUGUGUGUGUGUUUGUGAAGAAACUAAUUUUCACCAGAGUUGGAGGGAAUAUUAGAAUAUUACUUGGGUUAGUCAUCAUGUUUUCAUUACACUUCUAAGAACAUAAUUUAAAAUGUGAACUAAAAAAAUAUAUGUUCACAUGAGGCGGUUUUUCAGACAAUUCCACAAAGCAGUAUUUUGUAAAGUUGAAAUGGAAGCACAUUUGUCACAUUUAGGUCAAAAGUCAAAAGACAUUCCUCCAAAUAGGACACGGUGCUUGUGGACGGAUGAAUACAUGGGGCCAUUUAAAUUACAGCCAUAUUUCAUCAAAAACAACAAAGGAAUGACAGCUUUUAUAAAGAACUUAAAAGAGAUAUGAGGGAGAUUGAAAUGAUGAGCUGCAAUAUCGUGAGAUGAGAAAAGAUGAGAAAAACGAGCUUCAUUCGCCUAACAUUCCACAAUGGAAACAAACUAUUCAUAUUUGUGCUUUGUCAACUUCUUAAAUAUAUCACUUUUGUUUUGCAUGUAGCUGCAGUGGAUACCUGACUAGUCUCCAGCUGAUUGACAUUUAGAACUGAUUGGUGGAAGAAGAUGCAAAACAUAGCCCAAAAAUCAUGUUUACCAUAAAAUCUCUGCUUCAAGUGAGAUUUAAACUAAAACUUAUAUCAGCCAAUAAAAUAUUUGUGGUUGGUUGAUUGAUAUGUGAAUUUAUGAUGAAGUAAGAAAAAUAAUUUAUAACAAGAAGCCAUAUAUAAUUUUAAAAAAGAUAAUUAUAUAAAUGUGGGAGUUGAUGGUCUAGUGGUUAAAGAGGUGGACUUAACACCAGAGGGUCCUCAGAUCAAAUCCCCUUAGUGAGUGAGCAGCAAGUUGCUCCUGGUGUGCAGUCGAGUGCAUUUCAUGGCAGCUCAGUAACAUCGUUGUGUGGGGGAAUGUGAGGCAUCAUUGUAAAGCCAUUUGAGCAUCAGCAUUAUACUUCAGAUGGAAAAGCACUGUAGUGCAUGAUGUUAAAAAGACAAAAAAAAAUUUUAAAAAGCCUCGCUAAUCUCCCCCGCACACAGCGAAUGUGCACCUCUGCACGAUUGCUUUCAGCUCUGGUCACUGAAGUUGCUCUGCUCCAAAAAUAGACAGUCUGCAUUAAAUUUUAAUUAGAGAAUUUAACUGGUGCUUGGCAUCAAAAUAACUAAGCAGCCAAAUUCACAUUCAAGCAGAAAUUAUUUCAAGAUGCACUAAUGAAAUAAAAACCAAAGUAGUCUGUAUAACUGAAGUAAAAGAUACACAUAUUACCUUCUACCUGUACAAACUACAUCUGAUUAUUCACUUUGUGGAUCACAAUGUGUCCCAAAUUUUGUGAACAAUUUACACACACUCCAGCUUCAUCUGCUUGAAUGUCAGUCGCUUUUUAUGAAUCAAAUGGUAUUUUUCUUUUUUAACUAACUGCUGUCAGUGUGUUAGCGUCAGUAACACUCUCUCGAAGGUGAGAACCAUCAGCACAGGUGCUCCACACGGCUGUGUUAGCUCACCAGUUCUCUUCACACAGUACACAAACAAAUGCUCACACAUUCAUCCAGGAAAAUAUGUUUUUAUAUUUUCAGAUGACACAGCCAUCCUGAGCCUAUUGCACAAAGACACGUGUACAUCAGCUUAUCGCUCAGAAAUCGAGAACUUUGUUCAGUGUUGUGACACCAACCAUCUCAUCUUAAAUGUCUCUAAGGAGAUGGUCUUGGCCCCUAGGUCUGUAGGGGACCACAGUCCGGUGGUCAUACAUAGCACACACAUAAGCCAGAUUUGCUCAUACAAGUACGAGUACUUAGGAAUUCAUUUUGAUAAUACUUUUAGCUGGAAGGUCCAUGUUGACAGUCUGUGUACUCGAAUCCAGCAGAGACCGUACUUUUUACGCAGACUCAGACUUUUUGGUGUGGACCAGAGGAUCAUGUUUAUAUUCUACCAAACUGUCCUGGAGAGUCUGAUAAGGUUCAGAGUGUCAGUGUGGUAUGGUAACCUCACUGUGCAACUAAAAACCAAACUCAAGUCAUCUGAUCCACACUGCUAUGAAGAUGAUGGGACGGAAGGAGUACCAGGGUCUACAGUCUUUAAAUGAUCAGUCUGUCCUUAGGCAAGAUCACAGGGUACUGACUGACUCGUCUCAGAUCCUUUAUAAAGAAUAUGAACUUUUGCCUUCGGGUAGGCGCUAUAGAGUUCCAAAAUUUAAGAUGAACCGUUUUAAAAAGUCAUUUGUGCCUACAUCUAUCAGACUUUUAAAUAAGACUGCAUAAGGCGGCAGGAACUGUGUGAUGGCUCCGUGGUACUUAUAUGGUUAUGGGAUGUGUGAAAAAUGGGGGGGAUUGUCUGUUAUAUUGUUAGUUUUUUGUGUUUUUAUAUUCAUAUUUAUGCAGGGUGGAUUAUAUUGGAUGUGGUUUUUAUUGAUUUUAUUGUUUUUAAUGUGCAUUAUAUGCAGUAUAUGAGUCCAAGAUGAAUUUCCCUUUUUUGGGAUAAUAAAGUAUAUCGUAUUGUAUCGUA